AUGGAGCUCGACGUCCUUGCCUCACUUCAUUAUAAUGGCACUACAUGGUCUGGUGAAGGUCAAGAUGAGGAUACAGAGGCGGAUCACAUGGUAGGAAGUGGCAGCGGCGCGAGUUCCGUGGUAGACGAGUCAGGAACGACGAGCGAAGAGGAGACGGAGACAUCAGGCAGCCCGGGGUCGGGGAGUGAAAGUGACAAGGGUGGAUCCGAGGCAGAAGUUGACAAUGGAGAGCAGGAUUGA